AUGCUGGGCGACUGUCUUCUAAUCAUCGCCAUCGCCUUCGGAACGGCGCUCGCCGGAGAGGGAAUCACGUGGUUGCUCGUCUACAGAUCAGAUCAGUACAAGAGACUUAAGGCCGAUAUGGACAAGAAGACGAAGAAGUUGGAGAAAAAGAAGCAGGAAGUUGGAGAGACAAGUGACAAGAACGUCAAGAAGAAGUUGGAAAGGGAAGAGGAACGACUAAAGGCGACGAACAGAGACAUGAGCAUGUUCAAAAUGAAGUCCAUGUUCGCCAUCGGCCUCGCCUUCACCGCCCUUCUCUCCACUUUCAAUUCGAUCUUCGAGGGCCGCGUCGUCGCCAAACUUCCCUUCUACCCGAUCGGAUUCAUCCAGGGACUUUCCCACCGCAACUUGGUAUCCCAUCUGCACCGUAUUCAUUUUCUCUUAACUUAAUUUCAGAUCGGAGACGACAUGACCGAUUGUUCGUUCAUCUUCCUCUAUAUUCUCUGCACCAUGACUGUCCGCCAGAACCUCCAGAAGAUUCUCGGCUUCGCCCCAUCUCGUGCCAUGGCUCGCCAGCAAUCCUCUCCAUGGGCGCCACCAAACAGCCAAAUGAACUACCUCAGAUAA